AUGCCUAAUAUUACCACGGAAAGGCUUGAAAAGAUUUUAGAUGAAAAACUAAACCCACUUUCUGAGCAGCUAAAGGAAGCUUUGGCGACGGUGAAAACUUUGAAUACGAAAAUUGAGCAGAUGGAAGACACUUUCGAGACGCUUCAAGAAGAGAAUAAGGCACUUAAGCAAGAACAGGUUAGCCUCAAAGCCCAAGUGUUAAGAUCUGCAAACGACCUGAAGUUAGUACAAAAGUCCCUUAAUGACUUAGAGCAGUACACUAGAAGAGACUGUCUUGAAAUCCGUGGUAUUCCUCUUCCAGAGGAUUCGCGGGUGGAAGAUACUAACGACAUUGUGCUUCAGUUGAGCCAGAAGAUGGGCAUUCCGUUGGAAAGAAACGAUAUAUCUGUUAGUCAUCGAAUUCGGAGUAGUAGGGCUUCAGUGGAUCCUGCCAUAAUAGUAAAGUUUGUCAGACGAGAAAUGAGGGAAAGUUUGUAUCGGUCGAGGAAAAGGCUGAAAUCUAUCACCACAACUGACCUUGGCUUCUUUGUUGAUAAGAAGAUCUUUAUCAAUUAA